AUGGCGUUGGGAUGUCGAGUUGUGACCGUCGGCGUGCUGUUGCUUGCGGUAGUGUGUGGGACGGUCGUGAGUGAACCGGAACCGGGCCCUUCGGCAGGACCAUCGGCGGGACCUACCAAGCUGGAUGACUACGUGCUUAACACGCAGUCCGAGUGCUACAAGUCGAAGCGCAUACUGUCCUGCUUCAAGUACCGGUUCUCGAGGUAUCUCUGGUCGUUUGCGACAGGUCGGAUGAGCUGGUUCGCUACCGAGAACAGUGCCGUCGAUAGUACGAGCGGGUUGAAGUUGGUGCGACUGAACGAACCCAAGGAGGACGACGUGUUCCCUGAAGCGCGGCAAAUGAGUCCCUACGACAGCGAGCUGGUGAAGGGGGCCAAGUUCCUGCAGCGUUCUCUCAACACCUUCAUCGCUAGCCACGGGGUGCAGGUUGGGAUGGGUGCUGAGAGUGGCGCCCGAUUCCUCGCGGACGAUGACUUCGAGGCUCGCGGCAAGAAGCAGAAGCAGCGCAAAUGGAGCCUUAUCCUGCCGCUGGCGGUGAUGCUGAAGCUGGUUCACCUGAAGCUGCUCCUCAAGCCGAUCCUGCUCGGAGUUGGCCUCAUCCAGCUGCUGCUGAUCGCCGGCGGUCUGCUGAUAUUCCACUUCUUCCGCAAUACCAACAUCUGCAAGAUCCAACCACACGUCAUCCACGCACACUCGCACAUCGCGAGCGAGUCCGCGCCGGAACUGUCCUAUGCAGCCUACGGCGCCUAUCCGUCGUACUCCGCUUCACCGUACAAUGCCUACAACAAGGAUUGGGCCAGCAAUCGGGCGUACAGCGGCUACAGCUUCCUCGAUGCCAUUGAUAAUCAUAAAAUCUAG